AGCUCCUAGAGCUCUCAUUCAAGCAGCUGCUUGCUUAAAGCACACAGCAAAGAUGCUCCAGCUACAGAACAUCUGGGAUUACGUCCGACAGUAUGAGACCUGGAUGAGGUCUCCUUUCUUCCCUGCACUGUUUUCACUGACUGUUUACUUGAGCUUCUGUCUGCCUUUCGUGGUGCUGGACCUGCUGUCCUCCAGGGUGGCUAUGGUGAGGAGAUACAAGAUCCAGCAGAAGACCAAGGUGUCUUUAAGGAUGAUGUGGAACUGCCUGGCUCUUUCGCUCUACAACCAUGCAGUCUACAUCUUCCCACUCAGCGUGCUGCACUGGUACUGCAGGCCUGUGGUUUACCCAGUGGAGGCACCUGGGAUUCUGGAAGUCAUCUGGGGACUGGCAUCCUGUCUGCUGCUCUUUGACUUCCAGUACUUCGUCUGGCACCUGUUGCACCACAAAGUGCCCUGGCUGUACCGCACCUUCCACAAGGUGCACCACAAGCACACGUCCACCUUUGCCCUUACCACGGAGUAUUCUGGGGCUUGGGAGACGCUGUCUCUGGGCUUUUUCGCAGCCAUUAACCCCAUGUUGCUGGGCUGCCACCCUAUGACUGAGAUGCUCUUCCACAUUCUGAACAUGUGGCUGUCAGUGGAGGACCACUGUGGAUAUGACCUGCCCUGGGCAACACACAGACUGGUGCCGUUUGGACUGUAUGGAGGUGCCCCUCAUCAUGACCUUCAUCACCAGAAGUUCAAAGCCAACUACGCUCCAUACUUCACUCACUGGGACAAGCUGUUUGGCACCCUGCAUGCUGAGUGAGAAUCACAAGACCAGCUGGACUGUACUACUCUUUUGCAUCAAAAGAUCAGACUUUUUUGAUUCAGAGAAUCCUGAUGUUCUCGUUCCACAAAUACACAGUUCGUUUCUGCUCAGUACUUUUCUGCUUAAAGCAUUUUAAGUGAGCUAAAUGCACUCUACUAUUUAUUAAAUGUCUUGCGUUAAAUAUGUUGAUAGUAUUAACAUGUUCAUAUUUAUUUAUAUAUUAUAACUUGAAGUAUGUUUGUUUUUCUGUUAAAAUAAAACAGCAAAAAGCAGCAAAUCA